AUGGAGGAAGAAUUGCGUUGUCCGACGUGUAAGCAGCUUUACGUCAAUCCCGUGCUUUUACCGUGUUUUCAUGCUCUAUGUUUAGCAUGUGCACUUGAUAAUCAAAUGCCCUCAUCGUCGAGUACUACAACAGUCACUCACCCAUCGUUACACUUACUUCAACAACAUUCUCAAUCAUCAUCGUCAUCGGUCAGCACGGGCAGUUCGAGCACUACAGAAAGUGUUUCAAGUGAUCAAGACCAAGCAGACAAAGUCAGUAUUUUAAGCGAAGCCGACUCGGGUGUCAUUUGUUAUAAUUCACGGCCAGCUUCAUAUGCUGGAACGCCAAAUUUACAAGGAUUACUUUUUCUACCAUCUGGUUCGAUUUAUUCACUCGCAUGUCCACUUUGCCGAAAAGUUGUAUUCUUUGAUGAACUUGGGGCAAGAAAUUUACCGUUAUAUCGCGUAAUGGAAUCAAUUGUAGAUCGCUUUUGUGAACGUGAAGCACUAAGGUGCCAAAUGUGUGAAUCUGACACUCCUAAAGUUGCUGCUGUCAUUUGUGAACAGUGUGAAAUCAGAUAUUGCGAUCAAUGUCGCGAAUUGUGCCAUCCCGCGCGCGGUCCAUUGGCAAAACAUACUUUGACGAAACCCCGUGGUGCGUCUCAAGUGCGUGAAACUAUAUGCUUAGAACACUCCGAGACAUUAUCAUUAUAUUGCAUGGGAUGUAAGCUACCGACGUGCAGUCAAUGUUUGAAUGACCAACGCCAUACUUCGCAUGAUGUUCAGCCAAUUUCACAAAUGUGUAAAGCACAAAAGGUAUGUAAAAAUAUUAUUUAA